AUGCUGCCAUUAACCUUCCCUCUUCACAGACAGAUUCUGCUGAAAAGGAGGAUCUGGUCUUCGUGCUGUAGACGGCUGGCCGCGAUGUCCUCUCUGCUCAUACACCAGCCGCACUAUUCCUGGCUGAAGGAGCUGGGGCUGACAGAAGACAAUGACGGGGUGUACAAUGGGACGUGGGGAGGAAGAGGAGAGGUGGUAACAUCAUAUUGUCCUGCAAACAAUUUGCCCAUUGCACGAGUUAGGCAGGCCACUCUUGAAGAGUACAAUGAAACGGUUAUCAAGGCUAAGGAGGCCUGGCAGGUCUGGGCUGAUGUUCCUGCUCCAAAACGUGGAGAAAUAGUGAGACAGAUUGGCGAUGCACUCCGAAAAAAGAUCAGCGUUCUUGGACAUCUGGUUUCUCUAGAAAUGGGAAAGAUUCUGGUAGAAGGAGUUGGAGAAGUCCAAGAGUAUGUUGACAUCUGUGACUAUGCAGUUGGCCUUUCCCGUAUUGUUGGAGGACCUAUAUUACCUUCAGAAAGACCUGGGCAUGCCCUGAUUGAACAGUGGAAUCCUGUGGGUUUGGUUGGAAUUAUCACUGCCUUUAAUUUCCCAGUUGCAGUGUAUGGCUGGAAUAAUGCUCUCGCUUUAAUCUGUGGGGAUGUUUGUCUAUGGAAGGGAGCACCAACCACAUCCCUUACUAGUGUGGCAGUAACAAAAAUAAUUGCUCAAGUUCUAGAAGACAAUAAUCUGCCUGGUGCAAUCUGCUCCUUGACCUGUGGUGGCGCUGACAUUGGCAAUGCUAUAGCGAAGGAUGAGAGUGUGGAUUUGGUUUCUUUCACUGGCAGUACAAAUGUGGGGAAGCAAGUGGCUCUGAAGGUUCAAGAAAGGUUUGGACGAAACUUACUUGAGCUUGGCGGAAACAAUGCAAUCAUUGUGUUUGAAGAUGCUGAUCUUAAUUUGGUCACCCCAUCAGUCCUGUUUGCUGCUGUGGGCACUGCAGGUCAGAGAUGCACCACAGCUAGACGCCUGUUCUUGCAUGAAAGCAUCCAUGAUGACAUUGUUCAGAAACUCUCCAAAGCCUAUGCACAAGUGCGUAUCGGAGACCCUUGGGAAUCUGACACGUUAUGUGGACCUCUACACACUAAGCAGUCUGUGGAAAUGUUCCUUUCAGCCAUCGAACAAGCAAAAUGUGAAGGUGGUACCGUUGUGUGUGGUGGCAAGAUAAUUGAUCGUUCAGGAAAUUUUGUUGAACCAACCAUCAUGACUGGCCUUGCUCAUGACUCUCCAAUUGUUCACAAGGAAACAUUUGCUCCGAUACUUUACAUUAUUAAAUUCAAGACUGAAGCAGAGGCUUUUGCAUGGAAUAAUGAGGUUAAGCAAGGCCUGUCAAGCAGCAUCUUUACAAAGGACCUGGGAAGAAUUUUCCGCUGGCUUGGGCCAAAGGGAUCAGACUGUGGUAUAGUAAAUGUCAAUAUUCCAACCAGUGGAGCAGAAAUUGGUGGAGCUUUUGGUGGUGAAAAGCACACAGGUGGUGGAAGAGAGUCUGGAAGUGAUUCCUGGAAACAUUAUAUGAGAAGGUCAACAUGGUAG